GGUAUUCACGGGGUAGCACCGCUUACUGACGGCCCUCUCUUUUACGUCCAUGGCGUAACAGGAGAGCUGACGAUCCUGCUUUUCUUUCCCCCUUUAGAUUUACAUGUAGUCCUUCGCCGCGUAGGAAGAGAUGCACUAAUUUCGUUCGCCAGAUCUCUUAAGCAGUUGCUCGGUUUAACAAGCUCGCCCCCUAAGAUGCGUUCGAUCAAACCGACGCAUCUCCGUCGACGCGCCUUUCCCCGCUAUCUCUCGACCACCACCUCCGCCCAGCCACACAUUGUCCCUAUAACGUCUCUGCUUAUUGCGAAUCGUGGCGAGAUUGCGUUGAGGAUUCACAAGACUGCUGAGCGGCUAGGAAUCAAGACGACUACUCUCUACACCGAUCCGGAUGCCUCCUCACAACAUGCCUCCUGCUCGCCGCAUUCUGUCGGUCUCGGUGCUGCCGACGGAUACCUCGAUGGCGAGAGGAUAGUGAAACUGGCGAAACAGCACGGCAUCCAGGCAUUGCAUCCUGGUUAUGGCUUUUUGUCAGAGAACUCUGCCUUCGCGAAACGGUGUGAGCAGGAAGGGGUCGUGUUCAUCGGGCCGCCAGCACAGGCGAUGGCGGAUAUGGGAGACAAGGCGCGAAGUAAAGAGAUCAUGACGGAAGCCGGCGUACCAUGCGUACCCGGGUACCACGGAGGCGAACAGGGCGAGGCGGAGCUGCUAGAGCAUGCGAAGCUGAUCCAAUUUCCGGUCUUACUAAAGAGUGUACGAGGAGGUGGGGGUAAAGGUAUGCGGAUUGUGAUGGAGGAAGGCGAGUUUCUCCAACAAUUGAAAAGUGCGCGAGCAGAGGCGAGGGCGUCAUUCGGAGAGGGCGGCGAGGUUAUGCUGGUUGAGAAGUACAUCGUGCGUCCUAGGCAUGUCGAAGUACAGGUAUUCGCAGAUAAGCACGGUAACUGCGUAGCGUUGGGAGAGCGAGAUUGUAGCGUGCAGAGGAGGCACCAAAAGAUACUAGAAGAGUCGCCAGCGCCCGACCUAGACAACGUGACAAGAUUGGAAUUGUGGGAAAAGGCUAGGACGGCGGCGUUGGCGGUAGGUUACGUCGGCGCGGGGACGGUGGAAUUCAUAUUCGACAAGGACACCGGUGAUUUCUACUUCAUGGAAAUGAAUACACGGCUCCAAGUCGAACAUCCGGUCAGCGAGAUGGUUACGGGGACCGACUUGGUCGAAUGGCAAUUCCGGGUCGCUGCUGGUGAGAGGCUGCCCCUGACGCAGAAAGAGAUCAUUGAGCGGAUACAGGAGAGAGGAGCAGCCAUCGAAGCGAGGAUCUACGCCGAAAAUCCCGAGAGGGGUUUCUUGCCCGACUCCGGAAAGCUGGUUCACCUCAGAACCCCUAGGGUCAGCGAAGAUAUCCGAAUCGACGCCGGUUUCGUCGAGGGCGACACGGUCACUGAAGCCUACGACGGGAUGAUUGCUAAACUUAUCGUCAGGGGCCAGGAUCGUGAGACCGCUAUCAGGAGAAUGGAGCUUGCGUUACGCGACUACGAAGUCGUGGGUUUGAGCACUAAUAUCGAGUUCCUGAAACGCCUAUGCCGGUCGCCGGCAUUUAUAGCGGGCGACGUCGAGACCGGGUUUAUCGAAAAGUGGAAGGAAGAGCUCUUUGAUCCCGUGGUGGUAAACCCUGAGGUUUUCGUGCAGGCGGCUCUAGGUGUGUUUACUUCGCAUAUAACGAAAGAUGCUGAGCCCCAUGGCGAGAGCCUCGGUUUCGGCACGAAUAGCAGCGAACGCAGAUUCCUUUUCAAGUCUCUCGACGUAUUAGACCCAAAGGGGGGAGAAGAGGUGGAAGUCAGCAUCACACAGAAGGGUAAUAACCUAUUCGAUGCCCGAAUUCUUCGUAAAGAUGAGAAGGCUCAAGUUUUCGAGAAUCUCGUCUCUUCGUCCGCCUUCGCCGCUGGCAAGACGGGCUUGACCACUUUCUUUCCCCACACACGAAUAGAGACAACAGUCAUCGAGGAUCCUAAUAACGACAACAAACUUACCGUAUUCCAAACCGGCGCAAAGACGGAACUUUCCCUGAUAUCCCCUGCUUGGUACGAAAGGGCACUCGGGUUGAAGGAGCUGAGGGCGUCAGUUGCAGCUCCCAUGCCCUGCAAGAUCCUCAAGAAUGAGGUCAAGGAGGGCGAUAGGGUCACGAAAGGGGCACCCCUUGUUGUUAUCGAAUCGAUGAAGAUGGAGACGGUGAUCCGAUCUCCACAGGAUGGUGUUAUUAAGAAACUUGCGCACAAGGAAGGGGAUAAAUGCAAGGCCGGGACAAUAUUGGUAGUGUUUGAGGAGGAGGAGGGUGCUGCUACUGCUAGAUAAAGGCAGAUUAAAGUGCCCGUAGAAGGGAAGAGAUCCGUGCGAAAUAUCGUGAUACGAAGGCGAAAUACGGUCAUAUAGAAAUUUGAGGAACCACAUGAUUGAGCCGUGGAGUAGUUGGGAGUAUCCAGAUACAU